GCCGCCACCGCCGGCCCAUGACUGAGCCCCGCCGCCGCCGGCCGAGGAAUGGGCUCCGGGCUCUGGUAGGAAGCGCAGGGAGCGGGGGGCGCUUUUAAAACACCGAUCUGGGUUUUUUUAAAACCUCCUUUGAAAAAAUAAUGGCAAACUCGACGGGGAAGGCGCCUCCGGACGAGCGGAGAAAGGGACUCGCUUUCCUGGACGAGCUGCGGCAGUUCCACCACAGCAGAGGGUCGCCUUUUAAAAAAAUCCCUGCGGUGGGUGGGAAGGAGCUGGAUCUUCACGGUCUCUACACCAGAGUCACUACUUUAGGCGGAUUCGCGAAGGUUUCUGAGAAGAAUCAGUGGGGAGAAAUUGUUGAAGAGUUCAACUUUCCCAGAAGUUGUUCUAACGCUGCCUUUGCUUUAAAACAGUAUUACUUGCGUUACCUAGAAAAAUACGAGAAAGUUCAUCAUUUUGGGGAGGAUGAUGAUGAGGUACCACCAGGCAAUCCAAAGCCACAGCUUCCUAUUGGUGCAAUUCCAUCUUCCUACAAUUACCAGCAACACAGUGUAUCAGAUUAUCUGCGUCAAAGUUAUGGGCUAUCUAUGGACUUCAAUUCGCCAAAUGAUUAUAAUAAAUUGGUGCUUUCACUGUUAUCUGGACUCCCAAAUGAAGUGGACUUUGCUAUUAAUGUAUGCACUCUUCUAUCAAAUGAAAGCAAGCACGUCAUGCAACUCGAAAAAGACCCUAAAAUCAUCACUUUAUUACUUGCUAAUGCCGGGGUGUUUGACGACACUUUAGGAUCCUUUUCUACUGUAUUUGGUGAAGAAUGGAAGGAGAAGACUGAUAGAGAUUUUGUUAAGUUUUGGAAGGACAUUGUUGAUGAUAAUGAAGUACGUGACCUCAUUUCUGACAGAAACAAGUCUCAUGAAGGUACAUCAGGAGAAUGGAUUUGGGAAUCUUUAUUUCAUCCACCUCGAAAGCUGGGCAUUAAUGAUAUUGAAGGACAACGGGUACUUCAGAUUGCAGUGAUUUUGCGAAAUCUUUCCUUUGAGGAGGGCAAUGUUAAGCUCUUGGCAGCUAAUCGUACCUGUCUUCGUUUCCUAUUACUUUCUGCACAUAGUCAUUUUAUUUCUCUAAGGCAAUUAGGCCUUGACACAUUAGGAAAUAUUGCAGCUGAGCUUCUAUUGGACCCUGUUGAUUUCAAAACUACUCAUCUGAUGUUUCAUACUGUUACUAAAUGCCUAAUGUCAAGGGAUAGAUUUUUAAAGAUGAGGGGCAUGGAAAUUUUGGGAAAUCUUUGCAAAGCAGAAGAUAAUGGUGUUUUGAUUUGUGAAUAUGUCGAUCAGGACUCAUACAGAGAGAUCAUUUGUCAUCUCACUUUACCUGAUGUGCUGCUUGUAAUCUCAACACUCGAGGUGCUAUAUAUGCUCACUGAAAUGGGAGACGUCGCUUGCACAAAAAUUGCAAAAGUAGAAAAGAGCAUAGACAUGUUAGUGUGUCUGGUUUCUAUGGAUAUUCAGAUGUUUGGCCCUGAUGCACUAGCUGCAGUAAAACUUGUCGAACAUCCAAGUUCCAGUCAUCAAGUUUUAUCUGAAAUUAGGCCACAAGCUGUAGAGCAAGUCCAAACCCAGACCCAUGUAGCAUCCACCCCAGCUUCCAGAGCAGUUGUAGCACAGCAUGUUGCUCCACCUCCAGGAAUAGUGGAAAUAGAUAGUGAGAAGUUUGCUUGUCAGUGGCUAAAUGCUCAUUUUGAAGUAAAUCCAGAUUGUUCUGUCUCUCGAGCAGAAAUGUAUUCUGAGUACCUCUCAACGUGCAGUAAAUUAGCUCGUGGUGGAAUCCUAACUUCAACUGGAUUUUAUAAAUGUCUUAGAACGGUCUUUCCAAAUCAUACAGUGAAGAGAGUGGAGGAUUCCAGCAGCAACGGGCAGGCACAUAUUCAUGUGGUCGGAGUAAAACGGAGGGCUAUACCACUUCCCAUUCAGAUGUACUAUCAGCAGCAACCAGUCUCUACUCCUGUUGUUCGUGUUGAUUCUGUUCCUGAUGUAUCUCCAAGUCCUUCACCUGCAGGAAUCCCUCAUGGACCACAAACUGUAGGAAACCAUUUUCAGAGGACUUCUGUUACCAACCAAUCUUCAAAUUUGACUGCAACACAAAUGUCUUUUCCAGUACAAGGUGUUCAUACUGUGGCACAGACUGUUUCAAGAAUUCCACCAAAUCCUACAGUUCAUACCCACCAGCAGCAAAAUGCUCCAGUGACUGUCAUUCAAAAUAAAGCUCCAAUUCCUUGUGAAGUUGUUAAGGCUACAGUAAUUCAGAAUUCUCUACCCCAGACAGCAGUUCCUGUUAGUAUUGCUGUGGGAGGAGGAGCUGCUCAGAGUUCUGUGGUUCAGAAUCAUAGUACAGGACCACAACCCGUUACAGUUGUAAAUUCCCAGACAUUGCUUCAUCAUCCAUCUGUAAUUCCACAACAGUCUCCAUUACACACAGUGGUACCAGGACAGAUACCUUCCGGCACUCCUGUUACAGUAAUUCAACAAGCCGUCCCACAGAGUCAUAUAUUUGGCAGAGUACAGAACAUACCAGCAUGUACUUCUACAGUUUCACAGGGUCAACAGUUAAUCACCACAUCACCCCAGCCUGUGCAAACUUCAUCUCAACAAACAUCAGCUGGUAGCCAGCCACAAGACACCGUUAUCAUAGCACCUUCACAGUACGUAACAACUUCUGCAUCCAAUAUUGUCUCAGCAACGUCCGUACAGAAUUUUCAGGUAGCUACAGGACAGAUGGUUACCAUUGCUGGUGUCCCAAGUCCACAACCCUCAAGAGUAGGGUUUCAGAACAUUGCACCAAAACCUCUCCCUUCUCAGCAAGUUUCAUCAACAGUGGUACAACAGCCCAUUCAACAACCACAGCAGCCAACCCAACAAAGCGUAGUGAUUGUAAGCCAGCCGGCUCAACAAGGUCAAACUUAUGCACCAGCCAUUCACCAAAUUGUUCUUGCUAAUCCAGCAGCUCUUCCAGCUGGUCAGACAGUUCAGCUAACUGGGCAACCAAACAUAACUCCAUCUUCCUCACCAUCACCUGUCCCAGCUACUAAUAACCAAGUCCCAACUGCCAUGUCAUCUUCUUCCGCCCCUCAGUCACAAGGACCACCUCCUACCGUCAGUCAGAUGCUGUCUGUGAAGAGGCAGCAGCAGCAGCAGCAUUCACCAGCGCCCUCACCACAACAGGUACAAGUACAGGUUCAGCAGCCACAACAAGUACAGAUGCAAGUUCAGCCACAGCAGACAAACGCAGGCGUUGGUCAGCCUGCUUCUGGUGAGUCAAGUCUGAUAAAACAGUUGCUGCUUCCAAAGCGUGGUCCUUCAACACCAGGUGGUAAGCUAAUUCUCCCAGCUCCACAGAUUCCUCCCCCUAAUAAUGCUAGAGCUCCUAGCCCUCAGGUGGUAUACCAGGUGGCCAAUAACCAAGCAGCAGGUUUUGGAGUGCAGGGGCAAACUUCUGCUCAGCAGCUAUUGGUUGGGCAGCAAAAUGUUCAGUUGGUCCAAAGUGCAAUGCCACCUGCAGGGGGAGUGCAAACUGUGCCCAUCUCGAACUUACAAAUAUUGCCAGGCCCACUGAUCUCAAAUAGCCCAGCAACCAUUUUCCAAGGGACUUCUGGCAACCAGGUAACCAUAACAGUUGUGCCAAAUACAAGUUUUGCAACUGCAACUGUGAGUCAGGGAAAUGCAACUCAGCUCAUUGCUCCAGCAGGAAUUACUAUGAGUGGGACGCAAGCAGGAGUUGGACUUCAGGUGCAAACGCUUCCAGCCACUCAGACAUCUCCAGCUGGACAAUCAUCCUGUACUACUGCUACUCCCCCGUUUAAAGGUGAUAAGAUAAUUUGCCAAAAGGAGGAGGAAGCAAAAGAAGCAACAGGUUUACAUGUUCAUGAACGUAAGAUUGAAGUCAUGGAGAACCCGUCCUGCCGACGAGGAACCACAAACACCAGCAAUGGGGAUACAAAGGAAAAUGAAAUGCAGGUGGGAAGUCUUUUAAAUGGGAGAAAGUACAGUGACUCAAGUCUACCUCCUUCAAACUCAGGGAAAAUUCAAAGUGAGGCUAAUCAGUGCUCACUAAUCAGUAAUGGGCCAUCGUUAGAAUUAGGUGAGAAUGGAACAUCCGGAAAACAGAACUCAGAACAAAUCGACAUGCAGGAUAUCAAAAGUGAUUUGAAAAAACCUCUGGUUAAUGGAAUCUGUGAUUUUGAUAAAGGAGAUGGUUCUCAUUUAAGCAAAAACAUUCCAAAUCACAAAACUUCCAAUCAUGUAGGAAAUGGCGAGAUAUCUCCAAUGGAACCACAAGGGACUUUAGAUGCCACUCAGCAAGAUACUGCCAAAGGUGAUCAACUAGAAAGAAUUUCUAAUGGACCUAUAUUAACUUUGGGUGGUUCACCAUCUGUGAGCAGUAUACAGGAGGCUCCAAAUGUGGCGACACAGCAGUUUAGUGGUACUGAUUUGCCUAAUGGACCUCUAGCUUCAAGUUUGAAUUCAGAUGUGCCUCAGCAACGCCCAAGUGUAGUUGUCUCACCACAUUCUACAACCUCUGUUAUACAGGGGCAUCAAGUCGUAGCAGUUCCCCACUCAGGAUCAAGAGUGUCCCAUUCUCCUGCCCUGUCAUCUGACGUUCGGUCUACAAAUGGCACAGCAGAAUGCAAAACUGUAAAGAGGCCAGCAGAGGAUAAUGAUAGGGAAACAGUCACAGGAAUUCCAAAUAAAGUAGGAGUUAGAAUUGUUACAAUCAGUGACCCCAACAAUGCUGGCUGCAGUGCAACAAUGGUUGCGGUGCCAGCAGGAGCAGAUCCAAGCACUGUAGCGAAAGUAGCAAUAGAAAGUGCUGUUCAGCAAAAGCAACAGCAUCCACCAACAUACGUACAGAAUGUGGUCCCACAGGGGUUUGGGGAUGUAAAGGAGGCACCUGGACCCCAAGAAGGGACUUCCAGACUUGCAGAAUGUGCAGGGCUGAAAAGACUGCAG